UGGACGGGCAGCUCUCCGCAGAAUCCAGGGGACGGUUGUUGAGCGGGCCUGGGACACCGGGUUGCGGCGCCUCCCGCCUGCGCGUGUCUAAUCCAUCUGCCGGGUCCCGAACAAGCUAAGCUGAGCCCGCGCCAGACGGGUGGGCUGGACUGAGAGAAUUCUCUGAGCUGGUGACAGGUGCCACAGGCACUGGGAAUCUCACCAGAAAGGAACCAACGGAGCUACGGGCCAGCAAGAUGUCGGACGACACCUUAGCUGGGCUGGAUGAGGGAGCCCUUCGGAAGCUGCUGGAGGUCACAGCGGACCUGGCAGAGCGGCGGCGCAUCCGCUCAGCCAUCCGGGAACUGCAGCGGCAGGAGCUGGAGCGCGAGGAGGAGGCUCUGGCAUCCAAGCGCUUCCGUGCCGAGCGGCAGGACAACAAGGAGAACUGGCUGCACUCUCAGCAGCGGGAAGCUGAGCAGCGGGCUGCCCUGGCACAGCUGGCAGGGCAGCUGGAGUCCAUGAACGAUGUGGAGGAGUUGACUGCACUGUUGCGAAGCGCUGGUGAGUAUGAGGAGCGCAAGCUGAUUCGAGCUGCCAUCCGCCGCGUCCGGGCUCAGGAGAUUGAGGCGGCCACCUUGGCUGGGAGGUUGUACAGCAGGCAUCCCAACGGUGGCUCCAGAGAGGACAGCAAGCGGCAAGCGGCACACAGGCUGGAACAGUGUGAGGUGCCAGAGCGAGAGGAACAAGAGCAGCAGGCAGAGGUCUCAAAGCCAACCCCCACCCCUGAAGGCACCAGCCAGGAUGUGACCACAGUGACACUCCUGCUGCGGGCCCCUCCUGGGAGCACCUCCUGCUCACCUGCCUCACCCUACAGUUCACCCACCCCUGCCUCUCCCGAGCCUCCACUGGAGCCUGCCGAGGCCCAGUGCCCUACUGCUGAGGUUCCAGGCAGCCCAGAGCCACCCACCAGCCCACCCAAGACCACCGGCCCUGAGCCUCAGGAGUCUCCAACGCCCCCCAGCACUGAGGGCCAGGUGACCAACAAGCUCCUGUCUGGCCGCAAAGAGACCCCUGCUGCCCAGAGUCCCCCCAGAGGCCCCUCUGACACCAAGAGAGCAGACCUGGCUAGACCCCAACCCUGCCAACGCUCCCUAUCGGUGCUCAGCCCCCGUCAGCCAGCCCAGAACCGAGAGUCCACCCCCCUUGCCAGCGGACCUUCCUCGUUCCAGCGGGCUGGCUCUGUGCGGGACCGUGUCCACAAGUUCACAUCUGAUUCUCCUAUGGCUGCUAGGCUCCAGGAUGGCACGCCCCAGGCUGCCCUAGGUCCCCUGACCCCCGCAAGGCUCCUGGGCCCCUCCCUCACCAGCACCACCCCUGCCUCCUCCUCUAGUGGCUCCUCCUCUCGGGGCCCCAGUGACACCUCCUCCCGGUUCAGUAAGGAGCAACUCAGAGUAGCCCAGCCCCUGGCCCAGCUUCGAAGCUGCCCCCAGGAGGAGGGCCCCAGGGGGCGGGGCUUGGCUGCCAGGCCCCUUGAAAACGGAGCAGGGGGGCCUGUGGCACGUUCAGAGGAGCCUGGUGCCCCGCUGCCCGUGGCUGUCGGCACUGCCGAGCCAGGGGGCAGUAUGAAGACCACAUUCACCAUCGAGAUCAAGGACGGCCGUGGCCAGGCCUCCACAGGCCGGGUGCUGCUGCCCACAGGCAACCAGAGGGCAGAACUGACACUGGGGCUGCGGGCGCCCCCGACCCUCCUCAGCACCAGUAGUGGGGGCAAGAGCACCAUCACCCGUGUCAACAGUCCUGGAACCCUGACUCGGCUGGGCAGUGUCACUCAUGUCACCAGCUUCAGCCAUGCCUCCCCCGGUAGCCGAGGAGGUUGCAGCAUCAAGAUGGAACCAGAGCCAGCAGAGCCUCCCUCUGUAGCAGUGGAAGCGGCCAAUGGGGCCGAGCAGACCCAAGUGGACAAAGCACCAGAAGGGCGGAGCCCCCUGAGUGCUGAGGAGCUGAUGACUAUUGAGGAUGAAGGAGUCUUGGACAAGAUGCUGGAUCAGAGCACGGACUUUGAAGAGCGGAAGCUCAUCCGGGCUGCACUUCGUGAGCUCCGACAAAGGAAGAGAGACCAGCGGGACAAGGAGCGGGAACGGCGGCUGCAGGAGGCACGGGCCCGGCCAGUGGAGGGCCGCGGCAACACAGCCACUGAGACCACCAUGAGGCACAGCCAGCGGGCGGCUGAUGGCUCUGCUGUCAGCACUGUUACCAAGACUGAGCGGCUCGUCCACUCCAAUGAUGGCACACGGACGGCCCGCACCACCACAGUGGAGUCAAGUUUCAUGAGGCGCUCGGAGAAUGGCAGUGGCAGCACCAUGGUGCAAACCAAGACCUUCUCCUCUUCCUCCUCAUCCAAGAAGAUGGGCAGCAUCUUCGACCGCGAGGACCAGGCCAGCCCGCGGGCCGGCAGCCUGGCAGCCCUCGAGAAACGCCAGGCCGAGAAGAAGAAAGAGCUGAUGAAGGCGCAGAGUCUGCCCAAGACCUCAGCCUCCCAGGCGCGCAAGGCCAUGAUUGAGAAGCUGGAGAAUGAGGGCGCGGCCUGCAGCCCUGGCGGACCCCGCGCAGCCGUGCAGCGAUCCACCAGCUUCGGGGUCCCCAACGCCAACAGCAUCAAGCAGAUGCUGCUGGACUGGUGCCGAGCCAAGACGCGCGGCUAUGAGCACGUGGACAUCCAGAACUUCUCCUCCAGCUGGAGUGACGGGAUGGCCUUCUGUGCCCUGGUGCACAACUUCUUCCCUGAGGCCUUCGACUAUGGGCAGCUUAGCCCUCAGAACCGACGCCAGAACUUCGAGGUGGCCUUCUCGUCUGCGGAGACCCAUGCGGACUGCCCGCAGCUCCUGGAUACAGAGGACAUGGUGCGGCUUCGAGAGCCUGACUGGAAGUGCGUGUACACGUACAUCCAGGAGUUCUACCGCUGUCUGGUCCAGAAGGGGCUGGUAAAAACCAAAAAGUCCUAACCCCUGUUCGGGGCCCCACGAGAGGAUUAAACAUAAAGGCCAGAAGGAGCAAGGGGAUUGCCUGAAGGAAUGUAAGUCAGUGACAGGUAGGGGCACACUCAGAUGUCCCUUGGGGCCUGGAGCCAUUGUGGGGGGCAGUCCACAUGUGCACACACACACUCAGAGGAGGAGUGCAGGUGAGGGGAGGAUGGGGUUGGUACUAUCUCCAGGUCAUAUAUGGCCUUAGGAGCUGCUGCCCAGCAAGCCAGCUUGGAGGGAGAGGGGCCCAGCCCAGCCCUGAUCCAGUUGGAAAGUGUGACUCAGCCGUGCUGUUGCUCAAGUUGCCUGGUGUUUGGCUUGUCACUGGGGCAGCCCGAGCCCUGAGCCCUGAGCCAUGCGUGAGCCCCAGUGUAAACAAUGGCUUUAUAAGGUCUCCAGGGAAGGGAGUGGGGGCAGGAGGGAGCACCAGGUUGGAGAGGGAGGUCGGGAUCUCCGGGACGAUAGUUACAGCUGGAAGAAGCCUCUGCCUCAUGGUACAGCUCAGGAAACAAGCCCGGUCUGGGGUAGGGAUGAUCCCAGGGGCACGUGGCACAUCAGCAACAGACCCAGAACCCUCUCAUUCAUCCUAAGUUCUUCUAAGGUCUCAAAUGAGGUAGGGAAUGACUGUCCUCUUCUAGAAAGGGGGAAACUGAGUCAUAGAACAGGGCCCUAUCUAGCACCCACAACUGGUUAGGGAUAGACUCUGGACUAAAACAGAGGUGUUCUGCCUCCCAGGUUUCUUCCUUGAAGGAGUCCAGAUGAGCUGGGAGUAGGCGCAGCCCUGCCACAGUUCUGAGUUUGUCCAUAAAGGCACAAAAUGGGAGGUGGUCUUGGGUGUCUUGAGAAUAAGGAGCAAUUCUUGCUAUUAUGCCUUCUCUGCUAUAGGAAACUCAUUCAGCAACACUCACUGAAAUCUUGCUAUGUGCUAGGCAUGGCACAUAGGAGAGGGCAAACAGGGAUCAAGGCAGAAAAGGUCUUGCUCUGGGGGUUGAGGGACAGGGGAAAGGAGCCAGAGAACAGACUCCAGCUUCAGAGCCCUGGGGCUGUCAGUUGCUUAAUAGGCAAGACCCACUCACCACAGAGUGGGAAAGAGGCUUUGCCAACAUCCAGAGCUGGAGGCCUCAGUCCCAUGUGGCCCAGCCUGCACUUACUAAGUUGUGAGACUUCAAAAAAAUGGGUCUUCUGCCCUGUGACUCAGUUUCCUUAUCUGUGAAGGGCAGCUAGCAUUCUGAAGGAUGGCCAGAAGUGUGGUCCCACCCCUGAGCAUGGGGUAGAUGGUCCAUUGGUAUUGGCUGGAAUCCUCAUCUGCCUCCCCUGCUCUACCCAAGGCAGGUGAUAAGGGUUAGAGAACCCCUCUGCUGCCCACACACUCCCUGGACUCCAUCUCUAGCAGCAAGGUUAUCCCCACCCCACUUCAAAGAACAGGGGUCCCUGGGCCACUCAGCAGGAAGUACCAGGUCAGGCAGCUAGCAAACAAUGAUCAGGGGACCAUAGGAUCGCUGGAGUGAGACCUGUCCAUAGAGAAAGAUUGUCCAGUGAUGAAGCCCAUCUGGGUGCAAAGGCCCAGCGGAAAGGCUUCUAUCAACUGGAGUGUGCCAGUGAGUGUGAGCAGAAGCAGGGCUCCAGGGAGAACGUGGGCAGGGUUUGGAUCCAGCCCCUCCCCAGGGUUGGAGGAAGCAGACCCAGGACCUGCCUGGGUCUGAUAUGGGGCUCUCUUAGGCCGUCUCCGCCUCCACCUGCCUAGCUCUGCUCCCCUGCCCCAAGAGAUGCCUUCAGGCUUGGGUGGAUGAAGCCAGGGGAUUCCUGCCUUCCUGGAAGGGUUUUCCCUGUCUGGAGUUUAUGAAAGACUAGCAGGCAAUGCGGCAAUAAAAAAGACCACGGGGUAGGAAGGGUGCCACGAGAGGCAGGGCCGGCGCUGACAUCCAUCCCCGUGCCCCCUCCCUGCAGGAUGCUGGUGGACUGCGUGCCCCUCGUGGAGGUGGAGGACAUGAUGAUCAUGGGCAAGAAGCCCGACCCCAAGUGUGUCUUCACCUAUGUGCAGUCGCUCUACAACCACCUGCGGCGCCACGAACUGCGCCUGCGCGGCAAGAAUGUCUAGCCUCCCCGCCCGCACGGCCCGCCAGUGGCAAGCUGCUGCCCCCACCCUCCGGGCACCGAUCCCUCCCUGUGCGCCCGCCCACCGCUGCCCUGUCUGUCGCGACACCCUUCCCCCACAUACACACGCAGCGUUUUGAUAAAUUAUUGGUUUUCAACGA